GAUUUUUAAGUCAACUUUGUUAUCUUUAUGAAUCCACCAACCGCAUUAACUAAAAAAUAUUAGAAAACUCAGGAAAUUAGCGAAAAAAUAUUGAAGAAUGCAAGCAAAUUUAACUAAAACUUUAAGCAACUUGUUACAAAAAAGUAACACUUGGUCAAGAUGUUACUCAACCAAAGCAAAAACGGUGGGACAAAUUGAGGCUACAGCUCAGUCCAUAAGUGAUAAAGGUUUUCUCCGGCCCCAUAAAACUUAUAAGGCUCCCGCUAAUGUUGCCGAAAAGGUACAGGCGAUUUGCGCCUCUUUACAAAUAUCCAACAAGCAGGAUUAUAAUCUCAAAAACUUGGAGGAGAAAUUUAAAUUUUUACAAGCCUGCUUUAAUGAUUUUCAACACAGUGUACCCAAUUCGCAAGUGCAUGAAUUAAAGACAGUGGGUGAUGUUAUCAAAUUCUACGAAACCUCUGUUAACACCACGGUUCCCUAUGAUGCUUUAAAACAAAUGCAAUUACCCGAAAACUUGCAUAUACAAUAUGAUUAUGUGCGUUUCAAUCCCGAGAAUGAUACGAAGUUUAAUGGACAAACUGCCUUCCCUAAGAGUUCGACUUUAGUGACCGGUCUUAAAUAUCGUGGCAAAUAUGAGGGUCACGAAGCAAAACGUUCUUGGCCUUAAAUUGAAAAAAUUUUAUAUAAUUAGUUUGUUUAUUAUUAAACAUAAACUUUAUUUUUUGUUGAUAAAUAUGUUAAAAGAAUUAAAAUUUCAUUAAAUUUUCCACAGUGGACACCAGAUUGGAAUCCAUUAAAGAG